GUCUCGAGCCCUCACUCUGUGUGUGUGAUCGCGCGCGCAGCAGCAGGUAUGGUGCUCCAGCUCCUCCUCCGCUCCGCCGCGGAUCCCCGCUCUGUCUGCUGAGUCUCUGUUCAUCACUGUCCGCGCUCCUCUCCCCGCUCCGCGUCUCUCCGUGCGGACUGUAAAGUUUCAGCUGCUGUUUGGUCAUGCGCAGUCGGGCGCUCCUUGGGACUGAGCAGUGAUGCGGACUCUCUCGCGGGGACGCGCAGAUGGACCUGCCGCUUCCUUCAGCAUGAGACUAUUCCAACUUUCAGCGCUGAUCUCAGUCAGCCUGCUCUCCUCCGUUUCAGGUUUUGGAGUUGAUCCGGCAUUACGCAUUGACUUCUUCGAUGAGCUUCACCUUGAUGAGACUUAUGCAGGAGUUUCCCAAGUCCAGGGCUUUCACAAUGAGAGCAGAGCCUUUCAGUUUAAAGACAUGUGGAGGAGUGUGCGAGCCUCAGCAGGCGUUUCCGAGCGGAUGAUGCAGAAGCUCAGAGGAAGGGUGGAAUUCACCCUCCUGCUGACCCUCAAACAGGACAAAUUCAACUCCGGGGUGAUGCUGUCCAUACAUCAUGGAGAGCAGAGGUAUUUGGAGCUGGAAAGCAGCGGGCAGCGCAGUGAGGUGCGGCUGCACUACUGGACGGCAGAGCGGCAGAUCCACACCGAGGUGUUUCCCUACAGUCUGGCAGAUGGCCGCUGGCACAGAGUGGCCCUGUCACUGAGUGCCACACAGCUGGUGCUGUACGUGGACUGCAGCAGAAUCUAUGAGAGGGUUGUGGGAACGCCGUCUAUGGAGGUUCCUGCAGGGUCAACUGUCUGGCUAGGACAGAGAAAUAAUGCACACGGUUUCUUCAAGGGUGUGAUGCAGGAUGUUCAGUUGCUUCUCAUGCCUCAGGGAUACAUUUCUCAAUGUCCAGACCUCAACCGCACUUGUCCCACCUGCAAUGAUUUCCACGGUCUGGUGCAGAAAAUCAUGGAGCUUCAGGACAUUUUGGCCAAAACAUCUGGAAAGGUGACCGUUUUUCCUGCACAGGGAAAGCUUGCACGGGCUGAGGAGAGGAUGAGGGCUUUAGAUGGCUGCUACUGUGAGAGAACCUGCUCUAUGAAUGGAGAGCUCUAUAGAGAUGAGGAAGUGUGGAUAGACGGCUGCAGGAACUGCACAUGUUCGAAUGGCACUGUUGAAUGUGAGAGCAUCUUCUGUCCUGUACCUCAGUGUCCUCCAGACACUGCAGCAGCCUACAUUCCUGGAGCCUGCUGUAAAGAAUGCCAGCCUGUGUGUCUUUUCAGGGGGCGGGUGUAUGUGGAGGGUGAUCGUAGGAGUGUGCGUGACUCUACAGGGAACUGUCUGCUCUUUGAGUGCAGGGAUCGUAGCAUGCGAAGAGCUGAGAGCACACCAUGUCCAGAGCUGACCUGCCCCGAGUCAGAGCAGAUAACCCUCACAGACCGCUGCUGCAAAGUGUGUCGAGGACAUGAUUUCUGCGCAGAGGGCUACAGCAGCAGCUGUGUGGAGAACUCCGAGUGUGUGAAUCUGGAGGCAGGAGCCUGCUGCAACUGUAGGGACGGCUACCAAGCGCUGCGGGAUGACAGCGCUUACUGUCAAGACGUUGAUGAGUGUGCGGAGGGGAAGCACUACUGCAGGGAGAACACUGUGUGUGUGAACACACCGGGAUCCUUCAUGUGUGUCUGCCAAACCGGCUACAUCCGGAUUGAUGACUACUCUUGCACUGAGCAUGAUGAGUGUGGAAGUGGGCUACACAGCUGUGAUGAGAAUGCGCUCUGCUUCAAUACAGUGGGAGGACACAGCUGCACCUGCAAGCCAGGAUACAUGGGUAAUGGCACAGUCUGCAGAGCACAUUGUGAUGGGCUGUGUCAUAAUGGAGGCACCUGUGUAGCUCCAGACACGUGCAUCUGCCAGCAGGGCUUCACCGGGAGGAGAUGUGAAACAGACAUUGACGAGUGCUCAGAUGGCUUUGUGGAGUGUGACAGUCGAGCCACCUGUGUGAACCUUCCUGGCUGGUAUCAUUGCGAAUGCCGCGAUGGCUACCACGACAACGGGAUGUUUUCAGCCAAUGGGGAGUCAUGUGAAGAUAUUGACGAGUGUGAGACGGGGAGACACAGCUGCGCUAAUGACACACUGUGUUUUAAUAUGGACGGAGGAUACGACUGCCGCUGCCCUCAUGGGAAGAACUGCUCAGGAGACUGCGUUCACGAUGGGAAAGUCAAACACAACAGGCAGAUCUGGGUGCUGGAUGAUGACAGGUGCUCUGUCUGCUCCUGCCAGUCUGGUCUGGUGAUGUGUAGGCGGAUGGUGUGUGACUGCGAGAACCCGACGGUGGACGUGUCUUGCUGUCCAGAGUGUGACCCUCGUCUCACCUCUCAGUGUUUGCAGCAGAACGGUCUUCUGACGUACAACAACGGAGACACCUGGGUGGAGAACUGCCAGCAGUGUCAGUGCAUGCGUGGGGAGGUGGACUGCUGGCCGGUGCCGUGCACUCCUGUGCUGAAUUGUGAGUUCUUGGUGGUCCCUGAAGGCGAGUGCUGCCCCCGCUGCAUUUCUGACCCCUGCCAGGCCGACACGGUGCGAAACGACAUCACCAAAACCUGCGUGGAUGAGUACGGUGUCACGCGCUUUAGCGGCUCGGCCUGGACCAAACACGGCACUGAAUGCUCUCUCUGCCAGUGCAAGAACGGCCACGUCUGUUGCUCUGUGGAUCCUCUGUGCCUUUAGUGCCAUUCAAAAGGCAACUCUAUUGCUUUACUGCCCUUGUUUCUUUCUGUCUUUUUUUUCUUCCUCUCUCUCUCUCUCUCUCUCUCCUCUUAUCGUGCUGUACAGUCUCAUUUCACAUCAGAAAAUGUGUUUUUCUUUUUAUUUACUGGGUGUGCAGUACAGGAACACACACAAUGCAGCUGUCGCUCAGCAGUGGGUCACAUGCAUCAGACUUUUUCACUUCUCGUUGUGAACAGACUGGCCUGAGAGCAGCUUUAGCUUUUGAUACUCUUAUCAGAUUUAAUCAUUUGGACUAAAGAAAGAUGUUUGAUGCAGAUGAAUCUCAGAAAGAACAGCAUAGAGGAAAAUCUAAUUAACAUGCUUAGUCAUUUGCUCCAGAUGAACUCAGUCAGCCCUGUUAUAUUUGGUUAUAUCUUAUCUUAAUAUUCAGUUUGAAACAUAACGUUAAUAAGAAACACUGGACUUGGACUGUGACCAAUCCCAUCUCUGUAAAUACAUUCCAUAAUUACAAAUAUUUGCACUGGUGUAACUUAAGGAACAGCUGUGAUGAUGGUGUUCAUUGCUUUGGCUGGUUGAUUGCAUCUGGAGUACACUAGAUAUGAACAAAAGUAUUGGGACACCUGCACAUUAAUUGUUAUUAAAAAGAGAUUAUUCUUUCCAUUCUUUACACAUUUUGGAGCAUUUCUAUUAAGAUUUGACUGCAUUCAGUCGGGAUAUUAGACCAUCACCAUCUCACCUCAUUCCCAACUCUACACUUUGCCCAGAUCCCAAGAGUAUUGGAUGGAGCACCAUCAAAUACUUUUGCCAGAGAACACAGUUCCACUACUGGGGGGGGAGGGGGCGGGGUUCUAUUCCACUCUAGCCCACAUCAGACAUCCGGCAUUAGGCAUGGUCCCAUCUGAUUUAGGGGUUCCACUUUAAAUAUAUAAGGCUCCUUUAUAAAGGGUGUAUAGAUAUAGUUUAUAACGGAGUUUAUUGAUGUUAUUAAUUAGGUUGUAAAUGCUUUAUAAACCAUUAAUAAGCAGUUACAACACAUACAUAGCAAGGAGAACAGUGACCUGUUGUUUGCCAAAUAGUGAUUCCACAUUCAUUUAUACUGUCAAACCUUGCUUUGUCUGCUCCAUCAGUCAGCAGUUAGCAGUCAUAAACAUGUCUGUUAAUAACAUCUGUUAUUACCGUUAACUACCCAGAUUAAUAAUUUAUCCAAUAAUCAUAACUUGAUGUAUGUUAGCAUAAAAUAACAGUAAUAACUGAAUUGAUUUUCCAUAUUAUUUAAUUAGGUAUGUUAAUGCUGGCUGAUGAAAAAAAAAAACUAUGGUUAAUAAAUAAUAACUAUUUAUUAAUGUUUUAUAAAGUAUUUAAAAUCUAAUUAUUAACCAUUAAUAAACUCCCUCAUAGACUAUUUCUAAACCCUAUAUACAGGAGCCUUAUUUUUAAAGUGGUACUGAUUUUUUUUUUUUUUUAUUCUAAUUUUCUCCCCAAUUUACAUGGCCAAUUACCCAACCCACUCAUUAGGACUUCCCCUAUCUCUAGUGAUGCCCCAACACCAGGAGGGUGAAGACUAGCACAUGCCUCCUCCAAUACAUUGCCAAGUAGUCAAGGCACUCGGAGGAAAGAGUAGCGACUCUGUUCCAAUACAUCACCUCACAGACUAAGCGAUUGUGCUGAGUGACCCUUCGGAGAUCACCCUUCGGAGUGACGUGGGGAGAGAGCUAUCUCAGGGCUCCGGCAGCUGAUGACACCAGGAUUCGAACCAGCAAUCUCCUGAUCAUAGUGGCAGUGCUAUGGACCAAAUAUGGUGUAUCUGCUCCAACGAGUCUAUUACUAUUGGCAGUUCUUCUUUACAGCAAUUGUGUGAGUACAUUUGCACAUAUUUGUCAACAAUGGGUGCAAAUUUAAGUACCCAAAUGCAUUCAUUAGAAGGGGUGUCCACAAGCAUUUGGACAUAUAGUAUGUAAGUGAUAAAUCAUGCUAAUGUGAUUUGUCUCCAGGCUUUAACUUUAAGGCUAGUAAGCAGGAACCCAUGCAGUCAGUCCUCUGUAAAUGAACCACAUUCGUACCUCCAUGGGCAUGAUUGUAUCCGGUGUUGACUAUUUUACAGUAUUGCCACUUGUUCCGUUCCCAAGAGAAACAAAGACUUUGGUGUUUUGACGGGUUUUUUGAUGUUCUUUUUUCUCCUUUGUUUCUGAAACUGUCUCUGUUUUAAUGUUUUACAUUGUACAUUUUGGUUGAAUUGAUGUUUAAUUUAUUCAGUGGCUUGGUAUUGUGUAAUGGUGAAAUAAAGAUUUCCAUUAAAAUGAUAAAAUGAAA